GAAAAAGACGCUCUUCAAGAUAGGUGUUGACUUUAGCCUCUAACCGGGUGUAACUUAAACGUUAUCCUUUUAACUUGUUCAGGCAUCACGUUUUAUACUUGGUGUAGAAAACACAACAAAACAGUUUUAGGAGUUGUAGAUGUUAUGUGACAAAAAUGACAGCGGCUGUUUCACCCCCGUAUUUGCCGCGAAACUCACCGAUAUUCUCUCCGGUAUCACUCGACUCUGUCACUCCCCAUGGGCCACUGCCUGAAGAGUGCGGGGAUGUGACUUCAUUUUUAACCACACCUGGGGGUCCCCAAAGGUACACAGACACGUUUUCUACAUCUGAAGACGAAGACGAGCAGGCAGAGAAACACAUGGAGAUGAAGAACAAAGGGGAGCUCACUGAGGAGGAGGUGGCGGACUGUUUAUCCAAUCUUGGACUUUCUGCGACUGGACUACAACACGUCUACCAGUUUCUUUCUAUUCCAGGACGCAGUCUGUCUAACAUAUCCAUUCUCUGCAAUUAUGUCCAUCUUCAGAAAUUAGAACUUCCACACAAUAAGAUAAAAGAUCUAUCCUGUGUAAGCCACAUGCCGUACCUCAUAAUCCUCGACGCAUCACACAACGAACUCAUUGACUUCUUUGGAUUUGAGCCACCCAAAAAUCUCAAGGAAGUCGAUUUCUCCUACAACCAGAUAUCUCAGAUGAAGGACUUGUCUGCCUACUCCUCUCUGAAAAAACUCAACCUUGACUAUAACCACUUCCAGGAGAUCAGUGGACUGGAGAAGUGUGCCAGCCUCACCCACCUCAGCCUGGCACACAACCAGAUCUCCCGCAUCAGUGGCCUGGACAACCUGCCACUGAAAGAGCUCUGCCUGAGGGGUAAUCUGAUCCAGACCAUUGAGAACCUGCAGCCCCUGUGGACCCUCCAGGUGUUGGACUUGGCCUGCAACCGAAUCCAGAGCCUGUCGGGCCUGCAGAACCUCCACCUCCUGGGCUCCAUCAACCUUGAGAGAAACCAGAUCAGUGAGAUCAAGGAAGCCACCCAUGUCCAUGACCUGCAGUUACUGCGAGAGCUCAAUCUGAAGAGGAACCCAGUCCAGGAUCAGCCGGACUAUCGGCUGGCUGUGAUCUUCCUGCUCCAGCACCUCACAGGCCUGGAUGAGCAGAGGGUGACGGUCGAGGAGAAGGUGUCAUCGGUCAAUAAGUACGACCCACCCCCUGAGGUGGUGGCUGCCAGGGAUCAUAUGACCCACGUGGUGUACCAGCUCAUGCAGCCCCAGGUCAUCCUGGACAGCACGCUGCCCGGGCUGGACACUCCGUACCCCAUGCUGGUCCUCACCGGCCCGCAGGCCUGUGGCAAGCGAGAGCUGGCCCACAAGCUGUGUCAGGAGUUCAGCGACUUCUUCGGUUAUGGUGCUUGCCACACCACAAGGGGGCCCUACUUUGGGGAGGAGGAUGGAUCUGACCACUUUAUCACAGAGGAAGAGUUCCGCCACAUGAUUCAUAUGGGUAAGUUCAUCCAGACCAUGCAGUAUGGAGGUCACUGGUAUGGCCUGUCCCUGGAGGCCAUAGAAAGUGUGGCCAGAGAGGGCUUGGCCUGCGUUGUACACAUGGAACUGGAGGGUGUGUACAGUCUAAAGAAAUCCUACUUUGAGCCGCGCUACAUCCUGCUGAUCCCCACCUGUGUGGAGACCUAUACCAGGUGCCUGAGGGCCCGAUGCCUCUACACGCAGGCGCAGAUCGAGUGCGCUGUCGCCCGCAUCGACGCGUACAGCAGUGUCAACAGAGACAAGCCGGGAUUCUUCGACAACGUCAUCGUCUGUGAUGACCGUAAGGAGGCCCACCAGACCCUCAGGCAGUUGGUGCGGGAGUACCUGGGUCUGAUGGAGCAGGACGGAGGACUCGCCACCACACCCACUCCUGAGCGCACCUCCACAGGGGCGAUGACCGGUGACUCGCUGGUGGUGGACCGCUUGAAGGAGCCAUCGCUCUACUCCAGGGCAGAGCUCAGUGCCAAGAGCCCGGGCUCCCCGGACACAGACUUCCCCCUCUCCCACAGCACCAACUACCGCAGCAAGCUGCAGGCCGAACUCACCCCGCACAAGACCUCCGCCGAGCAGGCCUCCAUCUCCAGACGCAGACAGAUGGUUCGAGAGGCUCUUAUGGGGAAGAGUCCAGCAGCGUACUCUCAGCUCUUCAAGAGGUGUGCUCACACAGCACCAUCAUCAUUGGCCUCUCCACGGCGACAUGCAGGAAGCAACCUGGCCAACCCUGGCGAGGACAGCAGUUCGGAGGAAUCCCGCGCCAGUUCGGGCCUGUCCAUGCGCAGCUCGGCCGGAGCGUUCUCAGCCGCCAGCCCCGCGGCCAGGGGCUCGGACGUGGGCUCGGACGUGGGCUCCGGGCUGGCCGCCGUGGAGCCCCUGGACAUCUCCGCGCUGGUGCACCAAGACCUGGACACAGUCCGAGAUCCCUCUGAGUACGGUCUGACCCCCACUGCCCCCCGCGGCGGCGUCCCCGAGCACCUCUCCCCCACCGUGACUUCCUACCCCACCAGGCCCGGCUCCAACGCCAAGCCCGUCCUGCCCCCUAUCCCCUCGGGCCGCAAGACCGCUGAGCCGGCCCCUGCUGCUCCUGCCCAGAACCAGCCUGCCGACGGCUAGACAGGAGCCCGGGGCCGGCCAAGGACAAACGGGGGGGGAACUGGCCGGAGGGACUCAGACGUUAUGAGGUAGCUUAGAGAUGAGAUAGGAGCAGUAAUCUGAGUGCGCUGCCGCUGUUUUUUAAAAAUAAAGUUGGAGCAAAGUCCAUUUAGUGGAGGUGUAGUGCAGCCUAGUUUUAAAUUGUAGCGGGUUGGCACUGUUUCAAAUGAGCAGGUGGGUCAAACAAAAAAAUGGGAAACGUACCGACACACACACACACACACACACACACACACACACACACACACACACACACACACACUCCAACUGCACACUGCGCCGUAAGGACAAGUUCCCCAGCAAUUACUCUUUCAGGUACUGUAAUAAAUAACCAGGACUGCAA